AUGCCCGGCAUUCCGUCUAUCAACGGCGAGUCCUACACAGCCUUGUAUGCGUCUACCGCCGAGUUGGCGCAAACCACCGUCGACUUCUACGUCACCACCCUCGACUUCUUCGUCAAAGAGCAAACUUCCGGCUCUGAGGGUGGGAUUUUCUGGCUCACAAACCCAGAGUACAACUUCUGGUUCAAAGUGGCUGUUACUGCCGAUGCCCCACCCACAGCCGACGUUCGGGCGCGAAUUGCGCAGAUCAACAGCCAGUUGGACCUCCAUGACUGGCGCUCGAUCCAGUCUUCCUUCACCCUCAAAACUACCAACAUCCAUGUGUUGAUUGAAAGAUUACGCGGCACCGGGGCCGUCCUCCAAGUGACCCCGGACGAGGACAAUCCAAUUGAAGUUUACGCGGUCGACCCGUUAGGGAACGUCAUCGGGUUUUCCGCCGCGACGGUCAAUUCGUUUGCGGUAAUUCCACCCUUCACUUACGUUCCUCCACUGCAUGUCUCGUCACUGAGCACCGCCACCCCUGCGUCUAGAAGACCAGCAACCGAUCUGAUGCCUAACAUGAGCUCGGCCUCGCGCCGUAACGUUGCCGUCAUGACCUCUGGUGGUGACGCACCCGGCAUGAACGCUAAUGUGAGGGCAAUCAUUCGUACCGCCAUCUUCUCGGGCUGCAAGGCGUUUGCCAUCUACGAGGGGUACGAAGGGUUGGUAGCUGGUGGCAAAAAGUUUAUCCGUGAAAUGGGCUGGGAGGACGUCAGAGGCUGGUUAUGCCAUGGGGGUACCAACAUCGGGACUGCCCGGUCCCAGAGGUUCCGCGAGCGUGAGGGGAGACUCCAGGCGUGCAAGAAUCUUAUUGACGCUGGUAUUGACGCCUUGAUUGUCUGCGGGGGCGACGGCUCGCUUACCGGUGCCGACUUGUUCCGUUCUGAGUGGCCUGAACUCAUCAAAGAGUUGCACCACAGAGGCGACAUUCUGGAGGAGAAAUUCGCCAAGCACAAGCACUUGAACAUCUGCGGAACGGUCGGGUCUAUUGACAAUGACAUGGCCUCCACGGAUGCCACUAUCGGCGCGUUCUCAUCCUUGGCGCGUAUCUGCCAGGCCAUUGACUACAUUGACGCUACCGCAAAUUCCCACUCCCGUGCAUUCAUCGUCGAGGUUAUGGGCCGCCACUGUGGCUGGUUAGCCUUGAUGGCCGGUAUUGCUACCUGCGCAGACUACAUCUUAAUCCCCGAAAAGCCAGCUUCCAGCCAGGAGUGGCAGGACCAGAUGUGCAGCAUUAUCAAGAAGCGCAGGGACAGAGGCCGCCGUAAGACGAUUGUCAUCGUAGCCGAGGGUGCCAUCGCUCUGGACUUGUCUCCUAUCACUUCCAAAGACGUGUUGGACGUGUUGGUCGACCGUUUGGGAUUGGACACCCGUAUCACAACCUUGGGGCAUGUCCAAAGGGGAGGUACCGCCGUGGCCUUUGACAGAAUGUUGGCUACGAUGCAAGGGGUGGAGGCGGUCAAGGCUGUGCUUGAAUGCACCCCAGAAACCCCGUCUCCGAUGAUUGCCAUCGACGAGAACAAGAUUGUCAGGCGGUCGUUGAUGGAGGCGGUGAAGAUUACAAAGUCUGUGGCAACGGCGAUCGAGAACAAGGACUUUAAGCACGCCAUGGAGUUGCGCGACACUGAUUUUGUUGAGAACUUGGGCAAUUUCAUGGCCAUCAACUCUGCUAACCACAACCCCGCGAGCUUGCCGGAAGAGAAGCGUUUGAAGAUUGCUAUUAUCAAUGUCGGCGCCCCUGCUGGUGGCAUGAAUUCGGCAGUCUACUCCAUGGCUUCGUACUGUAUGUCUCGCGGACACGUUCCGUACGCUAUCCACAACGGGUUCUCCGGUUUGGCGAGACACGAGUCGGUGAGAUCGCUUGACUGGUUGUCGAUGGACGGCUGGAACUCUAUGGGUGGGUCGGAAAUCGGUACCAACAGGACUAUUCCGAGCGAAACCGACAUCGGGAUGAUUGCGUACUACUUUUCAAAAUACCAGUUCGACGGGUUGGUGCUUGUGGGUGGCUUUGAGGCCUUUGAGUCCUUGCAGCAGUUGGAAAAGGCCAGGAUUGAUUACUCGUCGUUUAGAAUUCCGAUGGUUUUGAUCCCAGCAACGAUUUCGAACAAUGUCCCCGGGACCGAGUACUCUCUUGGGUCCGACACCUGCUUGAAUUCGUUAAUGGAUUACUGUGACGUCAUCAAGCAAUCCGCAUCUUCUACCAGAGACCGUGUGUUUGUAGUGGAGAUCCAAGGUGGGAACUCUGGGUACAUUGCAACCUACGCUUCGUUGAUUACUGGUGCAUACUGUUCGUAUGUGCCGGAGGAAGGGAUCUCUUUGGCGCAGUUGGAAUGCGAUAUCGACAUGUUGAAGGACCAGUUUGGCGAAGCGCACGAUUUAACGAGAUCCGGCAAGUUGGUUUUGAAGUCGGCGAACGCAUCCAAGGUAUUGACCACCCCUAUUAUCGCUAAAAUCAUGAAUGAGGAAGGCGGAGGGGGCUUCGAGGCAAAGACUGCGGUGCCAGGACAUGUGCAGCAGGGUGGGAUUCCAUCGGCGAUGGACAGAACCAGAGCCGCAAGAUUGGCGGUGAAGGCGGUGCAGUUUAUUGAAGAGAGGCAAGAGGUUACCAAUAAGUAUAGAAAUGAUGUGGAGUUUGUGAAUGACGAGGAGGAGUUCAAGGCGACGGCCUCGGUUUUGGGUAUCAUCAGAUCGCACAUCCGCUUCUCGCCUAUCAGAAAGCUCUACGACUACGAGACAGAGUUGGGGAGAAGAAUGCCAAAGAGGGUGUUUUGGAGUGAUCUCCGUAAGGUUUCUGAUCAGUUGGUUGGGAGGGUCAGACUCCCAGAGUAA